CACUUGGCCGCGUGGUGGCAACCUGCGCUGCCCCGCCGCCUCACCAGACCCAAACGUUACCUCACGAAGAACCCGGGACUCGCUCUCAUCAGCCGCCACCGGUAGCAGCACCGGGCUCCCCCAGAGCGCUGCUGUGACUGCGCGGAACUUUCUUUCUCAUCAUCCGCACACCGAGCUGCUGAACUUCUCCUCGUCGCUCCUGUCAAACUGAAUCUCCGACCUUGACAGCGCACCGUGGAGAGGAACUUUACAAGAAGGAGGGGUGGGUUGUGUGUGCGCUCUGGAUUCUGACGCUCCUGUUCAGAAGAAGGAACACGGGUUGAGGAAAAGUCUGUUUAACUGAAAGCAGCUGAAGUUUGAAGUGAGGACAAGUCGCAGACAGCAGCAUUUUGGCGAGACUUGGAUGGGGAUGAAAGUGUGAGGUUCGUGUGUCCUUACAGGUGUUGCGGGACGCUGCGUUUGGACUUGAGCUGGUUUCAUCUGACUUCAUCACACCAACCCAGGUGCGCGCUGCUGCUGCUUGGCUUCAGGAGGAAAUACUAUUUAAUCACAACCGAGCUUGUGGAACUUAACACUCCUCAAUAUUUACACCCUGCUUGGUGAAUUGCACUGAAAGUGUUCGGUUUCAGGCGCUCAGCCCAGCGCGCUCUGCUGGACUCAGGUUCGUGGACAGAGACAACCCCACAGCAGGCGGACAGCAGACGGACCUCAUCGGCACUCCAGCAUCAAAGCAUGCCACAAGCUCACCGGGCACUUGUUGUCCAGUCCGCCCGGACUGGAGCAAUGUGUGAACUCUCCUGGAGCGGAUCAAUGUGGCGCGCCACAUGGAUUUUAUUUUUGUCCUUUCUUAUCCAGUCCACGCAAGCUCAAGAUGAUGUGCCUCCCUAUUUCAAGACUGAGCCUGUGCGCAGUCAGCUUCAUUUGGAACGCAACAGGCUGGUGCUGACAUGUAUGGCUGAGGGCAGCUGGCCGCUGGAGUUCAAAUGGAUCCACAAUAAUACUGAACUAACACGCUUUUCACUGGAGUACAGGUACCUAAUCCCUUCAUUGGAUCGCUCCCAUGCUGGCUUUUAUCGCUGCAUCGUAAGGAAUCGGGUGGGAGCCCUUCUGCAGAGAAGAACGGAAGUGCAAGUGGCCUUUAUGGGCAGUUUUGAAGAGGGUGAACACACUCAGUCAGUCUCUCAGGGAGAGGGUGCCGUUGUUCCAGCACCACGCAUCCGCAGCUUCCCUCAACCGCAAGUCACCUGGUUCAGAGACGGACGCAAGAUUCCACCCAGCAGUCGAAUUGCGAUUACUUUGGACAACACGCUGGUCAUCUUGUCUACGGUGGCACCAGAUGCAGGACGCUACUACGUACAGGCGGUAAACGAUAAGAAUGGGGAGAACAAGACCAGCCAGCCAAUCACCCUGUCUGUCGAGAAUAUUGGGGGUCCAGCAGAUCCCAUUGCUCCUACAAUCAUCAUCCCUCCUAGGAACACAAGUGUGGUCACGGGCACCUCCGAGGUCACCAUGGAGUGUGUGGCCAACGCCAGGCCUCUGAUAAAGCUGAGUAUCUCAUGGCGUAAAAAUGGCGUGUUGGUGACCAGUGGUCUGAGUGACUUCAACCGUAGACUGACCAUUCUUAGUCCUUUGGUGGGUGACGCUGGUUUCUAUGAAUGUGAGGCCCUCCUCCAGAGCAGCAGUGUGCCUUCAGUCAGUGCCGGAGCUUAUCUGCAUGUACUCGAGCCACCACAGUUUGUAAAGGAACCAGAGAAGCACAUCACAGCUGAGAUGGAGAAGGUGGUGGAUAUUCCCUGUCAAGCCAAGGGAGUUCCCCAGCCAGAGAUUGUGUGGUACAAGGAUGCAUUACCCAUCGACCCGGUGAAGAUGCCCAGAUACCGGGUUCUGGUGGGAGGAAGCCUGCAGGUCAACGGGCUGCUGCCUGACGACACGGGCAUGUUUCAGUGUUUUGCCCGAAACUUGGCAGGAGAAGUUCAGACCAACACGUACCUGGCUGUUACCAGCAUUGCACCGAACAUCACAGCCGGACCUUCUGACAGCACCGUGAUCGAUGGCAUGUCAGUCAUUCUGCACUGUGAAACCUCUGGAGCUCCAAGACCAGCUAUAACCUGGCAGAAAGGUGAGCGCGUGUUGGCCAGUGGUUCAGUACAGCUGCCCAGGUUCACUCUGCUCGAGUCUGGCAGUCUGCUCAUCUCUCCGUCUCACAUCUCCGAUGCCGGGACGUACACAUGCAUGGCGAGCAACUCCAGGGGCAUUGAUGAGGCGUCCGCUGACCUCGUAGUGUGGGCUCGCACUCGGAUUACCACCCCCCCACAGGACCAGAGUGUCAUCAAAGGUACCAAAGCUAUCAUGACCUGUGGAGUCACACACGACCCCAGUGUCAUCAUCAGGCACUUCUGGGAAAAAGAUGGCUCUGUGAUCAACGUUCAGUCCAUUCCUCGUAUGCGACUGGAUGCAGACGGAACCCUGCACAUCUCCCAGACCUGGUCGGGCGACAUUGGCACGUACACGUGCCGAGUCACCUCAGUCGGGGGCAACGACUCCCGCAGCGCUCACCUCCGUGUCAGGCAGCUCCCCCACGCCCCAGAGAACCCCACAGCCGUCUUGAGCAAAUCUGAGAAAAGAGCCAUUGACCUGGCCUGGGCGAAGCCUUUUGAUGGCAACAGUCCUCUCAUUCGCUACAUCCUGGAGGUUUCUGAGAACAAUGCACCCUGGGCCAUCCUGCUGGCAAACAUUGAGCCAGAGUUAUCGGCAGUGACGGUUAAUGGCUUGAUCCCGGCUCGCUCUUAUCAGUUCCGCCUCUGUGCUGUUAAUGAUGUUGGAAAGGGGCAGUUCAGUAAGGAGACUGAACGCGUGUCCCUCCCAGAGGAGCCUCCCAGUGCUCCCCCCCAGAACAUUAUUGCCAGCGGCAGGACCAACCAGUCUAUCAUGAUCCAGUGGCAGCCGCCACAGGAGAGCCACCAGAAUGGCAUCCUUCGGGGAUACAUCAUCCGGUACCGUCUUACUGGGCUGCCUGUGGACUAUCAGAUCAAGAACAUCUCCAGUCCAGAUGUGACCACGUUGCUGCUGGAAGACCUCAUCAUCUGGACAAACUAUGAGAUAGAGGUGGCUGCCUACAAUGGAGCUGGACUGGGUGCAUUUAGCCAUAAAGUCACAGAGUGGACUCUCCAGGGAGUUCCAACCAUCGCUCCGAGCAACGUGCAGACAGAGGCGGUCAACUCGACAGCUCUCCGUUUUACCUGGACCGCUCCUAACCCGCAGUUUAUCAACGGCAUCAACCAGGGCUACAAGCUGCUGGCCUGGGAACCAGGCAAAAGAAAUGAAGAUGUUGCUAUGGUAACUGUACGACCCAACUUUCAGGACAGUGUCCACGUCGGAUAUGUGACAGGUCUGAAGAAGUUCACUGAGUAUUACACCUCGGUGUUGUGCUUCACUACACCUGGAGACGGCCCCCGCAGCCCACCUAGAGCAGUGAGGACUCAUGAGGACACCCCCGGUGCAGUCGGUCACCUGAGUUUCACGGAGAUCCUGGACACCUCGCUCAAAGUCAGCUGGAGCGAGCCCAGUGAGAAGAACGGAGUUCUCACAGGUUACCGCAUUUCAUGGGAAGAGUUCAACCGGACAAACACCAGAGUCACCCAUUACCUGCCGAACGUCACCUUGGAGUACAGGGUCACGGGGCUCACUGCUCUCACCACAUACACCAUUGAAGUGGCAGGAAUGACCUCCAAGGGCCAGGGCCAGCUGUCCUCCUCUACUAUAUCCUCAGGGGUCCCACCAGAACUUCCUGGACCUCCUACCAACCUUGCAAUCACCAACAUCGGCCCACGUUCUGUCAACCUGCAAUUCAAACCUGGAUAUGAUGGAAAAACCUCAAUUUCUCGUUGGCUGGUGGAGGCCCAGGUGGCUGUUGUAGGAGACAAUGAGGACUGGGUAAUGGUCCAUCAGGUGUCCAAUGAACCCGAGGCUCGCUCCUUAGAGGUUCCUGGUCUCAACCCGUACACAUCUUACAGAUUCCGUAUGCGUCAGGUCAACAUAGUGGGCACCAGUCCUCCCAGUCAGCCAUCCAGGAAGAUCCAGACUCUACCAGCUCCCCCAGACAUGGCCCCCGCCAACAUUACCCUACGUACCGCCAGCGAGACCAGCCUCUGGUUACGAUGGGUGCCUUUGCCUGAAUGGGAAUACAAUGGGAAUGCGGAGCAGGUGGGCUACAGGAUCCAGUACUACCGCGCAGGCUCGCAGGGCCGCUGGCUGACCCAUGUCAUCACCGACCGCCUGGAGAGGGAGUUCACUAUCGAGGACCUAGAGGAGUGGAUGGAGUACGAGGUCAGGCUCCAGGCAGUCAACGGGAUUGGGAUGGGUCCCUGGAGCCAGCCGGUCCGAGGCCGAACACGGGAGUCCAUUCCUUCGAGUGGACCCACCAACGUGUCUGCCUUUGCCACCACCUCCAGCAGCAUCCUGGUGCGCUGGUUUGAAGUUCCUGAGCCUGACAGGAAUGGUCUCAUCCUUGGCUACAGGGUGGUGUAUAAAGAGAAGGACUCUGAUGGCGUGGUCCACUUUUGGACGGUGGAAGGGAAUGCCUCCCACAGCAUCCAGCUGACGGGUCUAGGGAAGUAUGUGCUGUAUGAGAUCCAGGUUCUGGCAUUCACACGGAUUGGAGAUGGACGGCCCAGCUCUCCUCCCAUUCUGGAGAGGACUUUAGAUGAUGUGCCAGGACCUCCAGUGGGGAUCCUGUUCCCCGAAGUGCGAACCACAUCUGUCCGGCUUAUUUGGCAGUCACCUGCUCAACCCAAUGGCAUCAUACUUGCUUACCAGAUCACAUACCACCUGAACUCCACCAACAGCAACGCUGCCACUGUGGAUGUCCUGAACCCGAGCGCUCGCCAGUACACCGUCACCAACCUCAAACCGGAGUCUGUCUAUGUGUUUCGCAUCACGGCACAGACCAGGAAGGGUUGGGGCGAAGCAGCUGAGGCGUUGGUGGUUACCACGGAGAAAAGAGCCCGUCCCCAGCCAACCAGCCGCCCCACAGUUCCUCAGAAAGACGUUCAGGCCCGCCAGGUGUUGCUUUCAUGGGAGCCGGGCAGCGACGGCCUAUCCCCUGUGCGUUACUACACUGUGCAGCAGAGAGAGCUGCCUGACAACAACUGGACGGUGCACUCUGCCUCCGUCAACCAUGAGGCCACAUCCUACAUCGUGUCCAGGCUGAAGCCCUUCACGUCCUACCAGUUCAGAGUAAAAGCAACUAAUGACAUUGGGGACAGUGAGUACAGUGAAGAAAGUGAAGCAACAACCACCCUACAGGAUGCGCCAGACGAAGCACCGGCGAUCCUCUCUGUCACGCCACAUACCACCACGUCGGUUCUGAUCCGCUGGCAGCCGCCUUCUGAGGAGAAGAUCAACGGGAUCUUAUUGGGCUUUCGGAUCCGUUACCGAGAGCUGCUUUAUGAUCGUCUGCGCAAUUACAUUCAUUCAUUUAACAGUUUGUCUUCAUGGGCUGAGCUGAACGCUCCCUACAGCAUGAGAAAUCUGAGCGAUCCAAUUCUGUCUCAGUAUGAGUUGGACAAAUUAAGUAAGCACAAACGCUAUGAGAUACGCAUGAGUGUGUACAAUGCUGUGGGCGAGGGGCCAAGCAGCCCACCUCAGGAAGUGUUUGUUGGGGAAGCAGUACCUACAGCCCCCCCACAGAAUGUUGUGAUUCAGUCUGCAACAGCCAACCAGCUGGACGUGGUGUGGGACCCUCCACCUGUAGAUGCACAGAACGGAGACAUUCAGGGUUACAAGAUUUACUUUUGGGAGUUCCAGCGUAAGAAUGAGACAGAGCGGCUGCGCACACUUUUUAUGCCUGAAAGAGGGGUGAAGCUGAAAAACCUGACUGGCUACACCACCUACAUGAUCAGUGUGGCCCCCUUCAACGCCGCUGGGGACGGUCCCCGCAGCACGCCGACAAGAGGACGCACCCAGCAAGCAGCUCCAAGUGCCCCAAGUUUCAUACACUUUAGUGAGCUGACCACCACCUCAGUCAACGUGUCCUGGGGCGACCCCACCUUCCCUAAUGGCAUCAUUGAGGGCUACCGCCUGGUCUACGAGCCCUUAACACCUGUAGAAGACUCCUCAGUGGCCUGUGCCGACUGUCUUCACUCCCCCUCCCCCCCAGGCGUCAGUAAGACAGUGACGGUGGAUGUGAAGGGGACCGGACCCCUCUGGUUGAAGCUCCGAGACCUGGCUGAUGGUGUCACGUACAAUUUCCGCAUUCGGGCCAAGACCUUCAUCUACGGUCCGGAAGUUGAAGCCAACAUUACCACAGGACCGGGGGAAGGAGCCCCAGGACCCCCUGGAGAACCUUUCAUCACACGCUAUAAUUCAGGCCUGACCAUUCACUGGACUGGCGGAGACCCGGGACGUGCUCCCAUAACACGUUAUGUCAUCGAGGCCAGACCCUCAGACGAGGGUUUGUGGGACAUCUUAAUCAAGGAUAUUCCCAAGGAUGCAACGUCGCACACCUUCAGCAUGGAUAUACUCAAACAAGGCGUCAGCUAUGACUUCCGGGUGAUUGGAGUGAACGACUAUGGCUACGGCUCUCCAAGUCUGCCUUCUCCUUCCAUAUCUGCUCAGAAAGUGGCGCCGUUCUACGAGGAGUGGUGGUUCCUGGUGGUGGUGGCACUGGUGGGGCUCAUCUUCAUCCUGCUGCUGGUUUUCAUCCUCAUCAUCCGAGGGCAGAGCAAGAAGUACGCAAAAAAGUCAGAAUCAGUGUCUCUGUACGUGUGUGCAGGUAACAACUCCAACUGUAACGCUCUGACCCAUGGAGACAUGGUCAGCCUCGAUGAAGGCCGCUUCCCGGCUCUGGAGCUCAACAACCGGAGGCUGUCUGUGAAAAACUCCUUCUGUCGGAAAAAUGGCGUCUACACCAGGUCUCCUCCCAGACCCAGUCCAGGCAGUCUUCACUAUUCAGACGAGGAUGUGAGCACCAAAUACAACGACCUAAUCCCUGCAGAGAGCAGCAGCCUGACUGAAAAACCCUCAGAAAUCUCAGACUCACAGGAGGCGCUGGUGUUUUCAUAUGGGACAGGUGGCCUACAUACACUUCCACUGCAUUUGGGUAGUGACAGCGAGUAUGAGGUUGACCCAAAUCGACAGAAGACCCACUCCUUUGUCAACCACUACAUAAGCGACCCUACCUACUACAACUCUUGGCGUCGUCAACAGAAGGGGAUAUCCCGAGCACAGGCCUACAGCUACACUGAGUCUGAGUCAGGAGAACCAGAGCACUGCGCCCCUCCUCCACUGCCCCCUCUUCCCCCUCUUCCACCACAGCUCAGUUCCCCCAGCCCUCAGCCUCAACAAGCCCAGGGCCAGCCCCAGGGUCAAGGCAGCCUGUUCAGGCCCAAAGGAAGCCGGACUCCCACUCCUUCUCAGCAGAGCUCCAACCCCCCUAGCCAGCACAGCACCCUCUACAGGCCCCCCAGCAGUUUAGCCCCUGGGUCUCGAGCCCCUAUUGCUGGCUUCUCCUCCUUUGUGUAAAGAUUGCUAAAAAGGACAAGAUACUUCUGGAACUUAUGUGAAAGAACAACAUAGCAUUGGAUAAUGCAAAGUCAGCCCAAUCGAAUCAACACCUGUCUCUCUUUCAUCUCUCUGUUCUUAAGUUCUUUUUCUUGUUUUGUCUGGAUAUAUGCAGAAAAAAACAACUUUUAAGAGCACUUUUUUCAUGAGUGAAAGUUUCCCAGUUAAGACUAUUUCUUUCACAAGUCAGUGAAACAUCUGUUCACUUUUAUUUUUUAUUACUUGCAUGACGUUUUGCUUAACAUUUAAGUCCUUUUUUGUUGUUGUUGUUGCUCUUUUAAUACAUCAGUAAUCUCUGUACAAAGCCACAAUUCUUUGAAAAACACAAACAUUUACAGAUAUACAUAUAUACAGCAUAUAUAGUAAGCAUACCUAUAAAAAAAUGAGACGACACAGAUGGAGACUCAUGAUGAAGUCGUGUUGUGCAAAUGAAAAGACAAGUUUCCACGCGGGUGACAAACAUAAAAAAAACAGACAAAGUUAUAUCCAAUUUCAGCGUGAAGAGUUUAAAUGGACUUUGAAGAAGCUGUUUUGUGUUUCCAUGGAAAUAACUCUUUGGUCUGAUAGCACACAAACCCAUUAAAUCAAAUAGCGUUUAUCCAUGAUUGGUCAGUGACUCUGCUGCAACUGAAGGACCAUGCAGAUUUAUGACAGAAGUGUAUAACUGUUUAUACAGAAGUGUUGAAGUCUUUUUGUGAGUGUGUUACUGUGGAACAAAGCUGCCUUCAUAGAGAAACGGCACCGGAUGUGACUGAACUACUUAUGGUGCCCAGGACCGUGGCACCACAAUGGCACCGCACUACCAGAGCCGCCUUUUACUCCUGACAAAUGUGGGGCUGUGAAUGUGAUCAGCAUACACAACCCAUAUUUCAUACUUCACCCUUGUUGGCUCAGAUAAACACAUCAGUGUCAUUCUACUGAAAUGCUUUGAAACCCAGCCUAAAGUUUUAAAACUUGCCAGGGACUGUUGUGGAGAGCUGCUGGAUGUGCUUAAUUGUGAUUUUGUUAAAAAAAAACUAUUUGAAUUUUUAUUUCCCUUUGCCACUGAUCGCUGUCACUGGGCAGAGCUAAGCCUGUGCCAAGAGAUGAUGUCAUAGAAUUGCCUCACCUCUUUCCCUUUUGUGUAAUCAACCACUCUGUACUAAAGUGUGACUGUACACUCCCAGACACUAAAAGCGUGUGUGUGCAUGUGUGUGUGAUUACGCUACUUGUGCGUAAGCUUUACAGAUCAUUCUCUGUUUGUCUGUGUAUAAAGAAAUUGUCCUGCAGCAACUUUAAAGCCGCCUAGAGUUUUUUGCCACAGAGGGUUGGCGACGAUCCGGCCUCCUGCCGGGCGCACUCACAAUGCUUCAGUGAAGACUCAGUGGUGUGUUUCUAGUUUCCAUAGAUCAAAAGAGGAAAAAAAGUCAUCUUUUUCCUUUUUCUUUUACUUUUCUGUUUGUGAGGUGAUUUCAUUGUACGCAACAAAAGCUUAUCAUGCGGAAUCUGAAUGAAUAUAUUAUCACAGUACAUUUCUGAAAUAAAUUAUUUUUCAAUGUUA